AUGCAGACUCUGUGUGAAAAGAAGACAAGACUAACUCAGAUCUUGUCUGCUGAUAUCGGCUUUGUCCUCCAGUAUACUGGUGGUGUGGCAGGAGGCAGUCAGCGCAGUAAGGUGAAAGAGGAAUACUUCAGAAAAAGUGUCAGCGAUGAGAGUCAAGCCAACAGAAUCAUCUCACACAUCAAGACAUCAGUGAGUCUCCACAUUAUGUGUCACAUCCCAGUGUUCUGUUGGAUUUCAGCUACUGUGCUUCAGGAAAUGCUGCGUCAAGACAAUGUUAAAGAGAUCCCUAAAACUCUGACUGAGAUGUACACACACUUCCUGCUCAUUCAGACUAAAAUGAAGAAACAGAAAUAUGAGGAGAAAGUUGAGACAGACUCAGAGAAUCCUCUGGAAUCAAGCAAGGAGAUCUUUCUGAAACUUGCUAAACUGGCUUUUAAUCAGUUGCUCAGGGGCAAUAUCAUGUUUUAUGAAGAGGAUCUUAGAGAAUGUGACAUUGAUGUGAGUGAUGCCACAGUGAACUCUGGGAUUUGUACUGAGAUCUUUAAGGAGGAAUCUGUGCUUCGACAGAAGAAGGUCUACUGCUUUGUGCAUCUGAGUGUUCAAGAGUUCUUUGCUGCUCUCUAUGUGUUUUACUGCUAUGUAAACAAGAACAUGUUGGCACUGGAGUAUUUUAUGCCAGUAGAAAUCAAUGCAUCAGACAACAAAUCCAGGACGCCACUGAACUCAUCUCUGCUCAGAGUGAAGACAAACAAUGUUCCCUUGGUUAAGUUACUGAAGGGAGCUGUGGAUAAAUCUUUGGAGAGUAAGGAUGGACGUCUCGAUCUGUUUGUCCGCUUCCUUCAUGGCAUCUCACUGGAGUCCAACCAGAAACUCCUACAAGGCCUGCUGACACACACACAGAACAACCAAAAGAACAUCAAGAAAAUAAGCCGCUACAUCAAAGAGUUAAAUAAAGACGGUGUCCCACCUGAAAGAUGGAUUAAUCUACUGCACUGCUUGACUGAAAUGAAUUAUCGCUCUCCCCAUGAGGAAAUUCAAGCUUUUGUCAAGCCUGAAAAUUAUAGAACUAAACUCUCACUUGCACACUGCACAGCACUGGCCUACAUGUUUCUGAUGUCAGAGGAGGUGCUGGAUGAGUUUGACCUGAAGAAAUACAAGACAUCAGAUGAGGGUCGUAGGAGACUGGUCCCAGCUGUGAGGUGCUGCAGAAAAGCUCUACUUGCUGGUUGUAAUCUCACUGAACAGUCCUGUUCAUCUGUAGCCUCAGUUCUACAGUCAGUAAACUGUUCCCUGAGAGAACUGGACCUGAGUAACAAUGACCUUCAGGAUUCAGGAGUGAACUUUCUCUGUGUGGGACUGAAGAAUCCACACUGUAAACUGGAGAUACUGAGACUUGCUUAUUGUAAACUCACUGAACAGUCCUGUUCAUCUAUAGCCUCAGUUCUACAGUCAGUAAACUGUCCCCUGAGAGAACUGGACCUGAGUAACAAUGACCUUCAGGAUUCAGGAGUGAAGUUUCUCUGUGUGGGACUGAAAAAUCCACACUGUAAACUGGAGAUACUGAGACUUGCUUAUUGUAAACUCACUGAACAGUCCUGUUCAUCUAUAGCCUCAGUUCUACAAUCAGUAAACUGUCCCCUGAGAGAACUGGACCUGAGUAACAAUGACCUUCAGGAUUCAGGAGUGAAGUUUCUGUGUGUGGGACUGAAGAAUCCACACUGUAAACUGGAGAUACUGAGAUUUACUCUCUGUAAACUCACUGAACAGUCCUGUGAAGCUGUAGCCUCAGUUCUACAGUCAGUAAACUGUCCCCUGAGAGAACUGGACCUGAGUAACAAUGACCUUCAGGAUUCAGGAGUGAAGUUUCUCUGUGUGGGACUGAAGAAUCCACACUGUAAACUGGAGAUACUGAGGUUGUCUGGUUGUUCAGUGACAGAGGAAGGUUGUUCUUCUCUGGCUUCAGCUCUGAGUUCAAACCCCUCACACCUGAGAGAACUGGAUCUGAGCUACAAUCACCCAGGAGUCUUAGGAAUAAAGCUGCUCUCUGACAGAAAGAAGGAUCCACACUGUCGACUGGACACACUCAAAUGUGACUGUUCUAAGAAGCUUUAA